GCUCGUGGAAGGGAGGAGGAGGAAUGUGGAAGGCGGCGGCGCAGCACAGGCUGACAGGCGGUUCCUCCGGCGGGCUGCGGCGGCGGCCCGAGAGUCCCCUCGUCGCGGUGCCCUGGGCUCGCGCGGAAUCGUACGCCCUCCCGCCUCGUUCCUGAAGGGAAGGAGCCGAGGUAGCUGGAGCUCGAACCUUCGCGGUGCCCCGUUCCUCCCCCGCCGCACCCAGCCUGGGCUCGAGAGGAGAGAGCAAGAGCCCAAGCCGCGGGCGGCGGGCAGGCGGCGAAGAUGGCAGAGGCACCAGCCUCCCCGGUCCCGCUCUCUCCGCUCGAAGUGGAGCUGGACCCAGAGUUCGAGCCACAGAGUCGGCCACGCUCCUGUACGUGGCCCCUGCAGAGGCCGGAGCUGCAGGCGAGCCCGGCCAAGCCCUCGGGGGAGACGGCCGCAGACUCCAUGAUCCCCGAGGAGGACGACGAUGAAGACGACGAGGACGGCGGCGGCCGAGCCAGCUCGGCCAUGGUGAUCGGUGGCGGCGUGAGCAGCACGCUGGGUUCCGGGCUGCUCCUCGAGGAUUCGGCCAUGCUGCUGGCUCCAGGAGGGCAGGACCUCGGGUCGGGGCCAGCGUCCGCCGCAGGCGCUCUGAGUGGGGGCACGCCGACGCAGCUGCAGCCUCAGCAGCCACUGCCACAGCCGCAGCCGGGGGCGGCUGGGGGCUCUGGGCAACCAAGGAAAUGCUCCUCGCGGCGGAAUGCCUGGGGGAACCUGUCCUAUGCCGACCUGAUCACCCGCGCCAUCGAGAGCUCCCCGGACAAACGGCUCACUUUGUCCCAGAUCUACGAGUGGAUGGUGCGCUGUGUGCCCUACUUCAAGGAUAAGGGCGACAGCAACAGCUCUGCGGGCUGGAAGAACUCCAUCCGGCACAACCUGUCCCUGCACAGCCGCUUCAUGCGCGUUCAGAAUGAAGGCACGGGCAAGAGCUCUUGGUGGAUCAUCAACCCCGAUGGGGGAAAGAGCGGGAAGGCCCCCCGGCGGCGUGCGGUCUCCAUGGACAACAGCAACAAGUACACCAAGAGCCGAGGCCGGGCAGCCAAGAAGAAGGCGGCCCUGCAGGCUGCCCCAGAGUCGGCAGACGACAGUCCUUCCCAGCUCUCCAAGUGGCCUGGCAGCCCCACGUCCCGCAGCAGCGACGAGCUGGAUGCGUGGACCGACUUCCGCUCGCGCACCAAUUCCAACGCCAGCACCGUGAGCGGCCGCCUGUCGCCCAUCCUGGCAAGCACGGAGCUGGAUGACGUCCAGGAUGAUGAUGGACCCCUGUCCCCCAUGCUGUACAGCAGCUCUGCCAGCCUGUCGCCCUCCGUGAGCAAGCCGUGUACUGUGGAGCUUCCGCGGCUGACGGACAUGGCCGGCACCAUGAAUCUGAAUGAUGGGCUGGCCGAGAACCUCAUGGACGACCUGCUGGAUAACAUCGCGCUCCCGCCAUCGCAGCCAUCGCCUCCUGGCGGGCUUAUGCAGCGGGGCUCCAGCUUCCCAUAUACCGCCAAGAGCUCCGGCCUGGGCUCCCCAACCGGCUCCUUCAACAGUACCGUGUUUGGACCUUCGUCUCUGAACUCCUUGCGUCAGUCACCCAUGCAGACUAUCCAGGAGAACAGACCAGCCACCUUCUCUUCCGUGUCACACUACGGCAACCAGACACUCCAAGACCUGCUUGCUUCAGACUCACUCAGCCACAGCGACGUCAUGAUGACCCAGUCGGACCCCUUGAUGUCUCAGGCUAGCACCGCCGUGUCCGCCCAGAAUGCCCGCCGGAACGUGAUGCUUCGCAACGAUCCAAUGAUGUCCUUUGCUGCCCAGCCUACCCAGGGGAGUUUGGUCAAUCAGAACUUGCUCCACCACCAGCACCAAACCCAGGGCGCUCUUGGUGGCAGCCGUGCCUUGUCAAAUUCUGUCAGCAACAUGGGCUUGAGUGACUCCAGCAGCCUUGGCUCAGCCAAACACCAGCAGCAGUCUCCCGCCAGCCAGUCUAUGCAAACCCUCUCGGACUCUCUCUCAGGCUCCUCACUGUAUUCAGCUAGUGCAAACCUUCCCGUCAUGGGCCACGAUAAGUUCCCCAGUGACUUGGACCUGGACAUGUUCAAUGGGAGCUUGGAAUGUGACAUGGAGUCCAUCAUCCGUAGUGAACUCAUGGAUGCUGACGGGUUGGAUUUUAACUUUGACUCCCUCAUCUCCACACAGAACGUUGUUGGUUUGAAUGUGGGGAACUUCACUGGUGCUAAGCAGGCCUCAUCUCAAAGCUGGGUACCAGGCUGAAGGAUCACUGAGGAAAGGGGAAAUGGGCAAAGCAGACCCUCAAACUGACGGAAGACCUACAGAGAAAACCCUUUGCCAAAUCUGCUCUCAGCAAGUGGACAGUGAUCCGUUUACAGCUUGACACCUUUGAGACUCCCACGCCGCUUCCCUAACCCAGCAGAGACUGUUAGCAGCCCUGGCCCUGGGUGAAGCCCUUACCCGUGGAACAGAACUCUAUAACAUAUGCAAAAUCUAACUCAUCUGCAAGUGACCUGCCAGCGUGGACAGCACCCAUCAGCACCCCCCACUCCUUCAGAGCACACCGGGACCCCGUUGGCGACUCCGUCGUGUUUUACUAUCAUGAUGGUUUAGGGGAUAUUUUAAGUGUCGUCUUGUGUUUGUUUCCUUUGACCCUCUGAGUUUUCUACACACAGUAACCUGCAGUAUUUUUCUGUUGAAAAUGUUAACUGUCCUUUCCCUAGCACACUUAAAAGCAGAAGGAAGGUGUUAUAUCAGUUCCCAGUCUGGCCUUGAGCAUCGCAAGCUUUUGAGCCUGUGGGACCCCACAAACUUAACACAUUGCAUAAACUAAUGGGGGGGGGGGCGGGUAUUUCUUCUUUUAUUUGGUAGAAAAUUAUCCUUUUCUAAAAACUGAACAAUGGCACAACUGCUUGCCCUGCGUGCCCGACCAGGACCGAACUAUGCGUAGGCGAAGCAAACAGAGCCAGGCAUCUGACCCAGUAGUUUCCAGUUCUGAGUCGGGGGGUGGUCUGUGGGUGGAGACCUUGAUGCCCACUCCGCAGUUGCCUGCUCGGUGGGGCUGUGGUCUCCCGCCAUCCUCCGCGGUAGGCGGUAUCUCUGCUCUUAGGAACUAGGGCCUCUUCAGGAAAGCAUCAGCUCAGCCUCUGCCCGUUGCCAAAUGCCACGAAUGGGUUUAGUCUUGAGGAGAAAAGAGAAAUGUGUGCCUGUUCUGCUUCGUAGAAGACGUGGAGUUACAGGUGAGCCAUUUAGCAUGCGUGUGAGAGCGACAAACCACGUCUGCACCAGCUGGUCCAACGGCACUGUUUGUGAAACGUGCAUAUCUUUUGAUUCUUUUCAACCUUGCUGUGUGUACGCUGAUCUUCCUAGAAGUGUAUGAGUGACAGGCAAUAGUAUACAAGGUGAGAUAUCUCUAUAUAUAUAGGCUUAGUUUGUAAUUCUUCAAGUGAUUCAUGGAAAUACAAGAUAAGGCAAUUUAAACUUUUUUUUAAAAAAAAACUUUUUCUGCUUCUGUGGAACUCAUUUUUGUUGUUGUUGUUGUUGUUUCCAAAAAGUUAUGGUGCUGUAUAGGUGCUUUCUGUUGAGCCUGCAGAGUGUGAGUGUAGGUGGUACUCUCUUUGGUAGACAGCGUAGUUGGGAACACCUUUGGUACAUACAAAACUGGUGUGGCGAUGCUCUGACUAGCACAGCAUAUGCAUAUGUCUCCAAAGUGAUAUCUGAAGGCUUUCUUCUUUGCAUAAAAAGCACUAGGCAUUUAAGUGUAUAAAAUAUUUUAUCAUGUACAGCAAAGAUGGAACUCUAUGCAUGGCGUCAGGAAUGUGGGCUAAUGUUCUAGCACAGGCCUCCCCGCUUGAGUUCUCGCCAUUGCCUGCACUGUAGCUGUGAACACCAACCCAGGCGUGCCACCCAAUCCCCUGCCUCAGCACUGGCCCCCUUGUGCACCUUUGCUUCCUGAGCACUCUGGGGGUGGUGAAGAUGGCCAUCACAGCCCCUAGCACAGUGAGAGUUCCACUGGGUAUUGUCACAGGUCUCUCCUGCCUCGCUUGGAUUCUUGUGUCUGAGCGAUGGCCCUGUUGAUUCCACUCUGCCUUUUAUGGAAUCUGUACGUUACCACGCGGCUGUGGUCCUGCUAGGCCUGUGGCACGUUGCCUUUCCCAAGCUGCUACAUGUUUAUAACCUUCAUUUUUAAAGUCCAGUUUUGAAAACGUGUAUAGGAGUCGUGUGACCUGCUGGCCAGAGAGCCCAUACUUGCUUAUCCAAUCCUUGAUGGUGAUGCUAGCCACGCCCUGAUGCUUCAGCCAUCAGCUGUCCCCGCAACUGUGUCAUUUUGGUGGAGGACUAACUGGCUUUCUGGCUUCCCAGAGUGCUGCACCCUGGGUGGAAUGUCUCAGGGUGGCAGCUGAAGGAACAGAGAAAGCUCAGGUACAAGGGAGAACCCCAAGUGCUUCCAACAUGAGGGCCCUGAGCAUUCUCUGUUGAGUUUAAAGAAACGCAGACCAGCUCACAAGAUAAUGUCUUGGCUCUGCAGUUUACAGGCACUGGGAGUGGAAAGGACAACCCUCCGGUGCAUUCCCCUAGUCUUAAAACUUGGAUUUCCUUUCAGACAUGGUAGCUCGUUUAUUCUCCUUCCCAGUGUUUGUUAGGUUUCAGGCACCAGAUCUCACAGAACGUCCUAGAAAUCGACUAUAAGCUGAGGCGGGAACAGGGUGAGACAAGAGUCGCCUCGGCAGAGUGGGAGAGCAGAGGCAGAGUGCUUUGAUUUACUCUACACACAGAACACGUGGAGAGCUGAGGCCUGCCGGGCCCUGGAGAGGCUCAGGCGAGACUUGGACGGCAAUGCCUACUGGGGUAUUUGCACUCCCACCCUCAGACUCCCCACACAGAGAGGCCAAGCUCUCUUAAGAAGCCCAAUUGUGUGUCAGACUUGACAGAGGUAUAGCCUGGGCCCUCUGUACCUUCUGUUGGGACCCUGCUUUCAGGGUAGCUUGGCCAUUGGCCACCAAGUAGCAUUCUCAGUGUCUUAGGUCCCUAACAAGGAACCGGUCUGUUGAGACAUCUGAGCAGGUGACCUUGUGGACCUUCCAGACUUAGAACCAGCCCAUGGAGUCCUGAUGAGAAAGAAGUGUGCAGUGAGCCCUCCUGGGGAGCCCUGCACGCCUGUGACAAUGUCACAGAACGCCAAAGGCCCAUGUGGAAGACUGGCGUUCUCUUCAGGCUCUAGAACCUGAUACCUUGUACCAAAGAUAGAGAAGAGCAUGGGGCAAGCCUUCGCCAUCCUAGCUCUAGGACUGACUGGGCUCAGCAUACCCGGUUAACUGUGACUGCAUUAGAGGUGUGUUCUCCAUUGUAUCCUCUGCAACAUAAUGACGGCUGAAGCACAUAGAACUGUUUUCCUACGUCUCCUGCUAAUGGAGGAGCGUGCACUAGGUGUAGCACAAAGCAGACAUUGGGGCUUGAUGAUUAGCGUCAGCCUAAGGAGAGGUACACCCCAUCUCAGGUGUGACUUCAGCCAACUUCUGAACCCAUGUACAGGUUCAUAGGGACAGACAACUCUGCCUUUUCUUGAAGCGCUCCAUCCACUGAACGAGCAAGCAGCCUUUGAAUCUCUUGGGAAAGAGCUUUAAGAGUAAGGCGGGGAGAAAACAAGCCUUCCCUCCCUCCGUCAUCCCCCGGACUAAGGGAAAACAAAACAAAACGCUACCUAUUCGCUAAACACAAAGGAAAGGUAAUAAGAGACUGGCUGAGUCGUCAUCUUCUUCCUGUAUUUGGGAACAUCAUGAUUAGGUGGACGAGUGUUGAGUUUUUUAAUUAAAAGCAGACCUUUUGUAGAAAAGCAAUCACUGAUACAGAGGUACAAAGAAGCCAGUUCUGGGGGGGAAGAAGUAGUGGGAACACAGGGCAUGAGGUUAGAGAUGUCUGUGGAUCACGUCUGUCAAACAGGACUAGAGAAAGAUGCCCAAGCAACUGACAGGAAUAAGUGGUGUUUGAACUAAAUCUCAAGUGUAUAGCAUACAGAUUAGAUGGAUGAAGUAUUUUCUCUUGUUGAAUUUUAUUCAUUUGUAUUCUUUCAUGAAUGAAUGAUUGCAAGGCCUCGGUCACACUCCAGGAAUACUUGUGCGACUGUUUUUUUUUUUUUUUUUUUAAAGCGUGUGUCUGGUCACUUCUCUAAAAUGAUCUCCUUGUCUGGCAAUCAGCCUUCUCUGUAGACUUGUCCCGGCACAUUAUGUACGUGGGAAAUGUGGACAGGUGUGAAGGAGACCAGAAGAAUUGGUGAAUACUGAAAAGUGUGUUGUGCAUUUAGGCUUCACGUGGUUAACGUUUUUUGGGUUUUUUUUUUUUUUUAAGAAAAAAGUUGCAUGAAUGAAAACAACCUCUGUACACAUUACCUGUAAAAAUGGCCUGUUUUGAUUUCUUGCUUCUACCCCACACAAACUAGAAUUUCGUGUGGCGCGUGGCCAUGUUUAAACACCUGCAGCAGUUGGUCGUCUGGUUUGAGGCAGACGCAAUCCUGCUGCAUUCUGGGUACUGAGGACCUUGUCUAACCAUACGCUGCCGUGAGUUAGCUCUGCCGCCUUUCUUCUCAAGGAUCAAAACCAGUUUGAUUUGGGAAUCUGCCCCUUCCCGGUGGAAUGGAGGUGCGUACUUCCCGUGGCGUUUGUAGAUAUUGCCUGUGUAUUCCAUUUAAAACCAUAAUCUAGUUUGUAAAAGAGAUGAUGACGCAUGUAAAUAAAGCUUUGGUGACACUCUA